GGAGUUGUUCCAUGGCCGUUUUUGAAAAGACAAGCUCUAAACGACACCUGCUCCUCUUUCCUCACUCGUAAAUCACAGGGUUAAUACCGUUUUUCGUGGAAUUAUUAUAUUUAUCUGAUGCCUAUCGAUCUUUGGCUGCAAGUUAUAGAUUGGAUAUUGUGGUAGAAGUGAUUUAUCUACGAUUAACAUCGAUAAGAUAUCGAUAAAGAGCGUGAACAUUAAUCUGUUUGUCAUGGCAUCACCUGGGGAAUCUAUUUUCGUUUGAGAAUUCGUGGGAAUUUACAACGAAAAUGACAGAUGAAUUCGAUGAAAAUCUGGACGAGACGUUCCAAGAGCCUCGCAAGAGGUUUUGGCAGAGGUCCUCGAGAAAAAGAACUAAGAGUGAUGCAAUCAGUAUUAGUUCCAUGGAUAUAUCGUUGGAUUCUACGAUGAUGAAGAGGAAAAAACGUCGGAGAAUAACUGAAUUCGCUACGAAUCUGUUAUCUUCAUCUACGACUACUGGCAGAUUGAGUAAUGUAUUACAAAGGUCCUUUGGAUUUCAGCAGAACAAUUCGAUAUCAAUGAUUGAUGAGGAGAUGAAUGCUGGACCAAGCAAGAGAACAAGAAGUAUAUGUGAACGUGCAGGCAACUUAGCGAUUCGUAGCUGGGUAACAGACGUUGCGGGAUAUUGCGAAGCUUCCCCAAGGCCCAGUAAUCUAGGCAGAACCGAGGUUAAACGUCAAGAAGCAAUAUACGAGCUGUAUUGCGGUGAGAAUAUUCUUCUGAACGAUCUCAUCACCCUGAAGGAGACGUACUACGAACCCCUCCAAAUGACUGACAUAUUCACUCCCUCCGAGCUUCGGACACUCUUUGGUGAUCUCGAUAUGCUCGUCCACGUUCACAGCAAGUUACGAGAUGAUCUGGUGGAGCUGAGAGACUCUUCCGGUUUCACAGAUAUCAUCGGUCCAACUUUACUCGAAUGGCUUCCAACACUGGUAGAUCCCUACGUAGAGAAAUGCAAGUCCCAGAUCUUGGCGAGACACAUUCUCGAUGAAAAACGUUUGAGAAACAAGAAAUUCCAAGAAUUCUUGAAGAGGAGAAUGGAGUCACCGAAGGCCGUCGAUUUGUGGACGUAUCUGGAUACUGCUAGAUCUCGAGUGGUGAAAUAUCCUCUUCUGGUGAACGAGAUAUUAAAGAGGACACCAACGGGACAUGAGGAUCGUUCCCUGCUAGAAGAAGCAAAAAUUGAACUCUCUAAAUUAUUGGAAAGAAUUGAUAGGGCCAUGGGCGAUGCCGAGUGUGAGUUAGCAAGAUCGAAAAUUAAUGUAAAAGAGGAGUAUGAUCCUGAAGGGUGCAUAAUCGAAGCUGUAGAAUUAAUUACUGAAGGACAGCUGAAGGAUGCCAAGGGAUUAAAACUUCACUGUUUUUUGUUCGAUACCUGUCUAGCCUUCACUCGUCGAGUUGUGCGCUCCAGAGUGAAGAAUUAUAAUCUAACGCGAUUAGUCAUUCCGAAAGCUCAAUUGAAAGUCCAGACUGACUGCGAGGGAAAUGGCUGUGCCUUCAAAAUUGGGGAGCAUUCGUUUGUCCUGAGAGAUGAACACGAUAAAAGGCAUUGGAUGGACGCUUUCGAGAAGGUACAUCGUGCUCCAAGAGUCUUGAAAAGUGAAAAACCUGUUGAUAAGGACAAUAAGGACUCUAAUGGAGACUUUUCCAUCUCUCGGGUUUUACGUAAUAAGCAAGUGUCCAAAAGAACCGUUCGGGAACGUCCAAUCUAAAGAUCUCUGUUGAGAUAAAUAUUUUUUAUAUAAUCUUAUAUAAAUAAUUAUACAAAAUUAAAGAAUAAUUUUUAAGGUGUAA